CUGGAGAAACCAACAUGUCGAAUUUUGACAUAUAUUUCCUGGUUCAAAUUCAAAUUAUUUUAGUUGGAUUCAAAAUAGGUUGUGCUGCCAAUCCAUACUUAACGUUUUUUAAUUAUAGGUCAGCUUUUAACAAUAUUGGCGAGCUCCAGUGCUACCCAACAGAUAGUAGCACAACAAUAUCCAUGGGAAAGUUAUUUAAAAUAUCUAAUACUGACUCGCUUGCUGAACCACCUUUAACAGCUCAGGGUGCUCAUCCUUAUGCUAAGGAAGUAGCUAUACCUUAUGAUGGAAACUUCUUUGGAGUAUAUUACUGUGAAGGUGUACUUAAUGGUGAAACAACCAUUGUGAAAACUACAGUUGUGGAUCUAGUGGGCGCUUCAGAUUCGGAGGUUAUACCAACAAACGAAAGAACAAGUAUCACCGCAUCUGUUGGAGAAUCUGUUAUAGUAUCAUUCGAUGUGACAGCGUCCGGUAAUCACAUUUGGAGGAAAGAUGGCAAACUGCUAGAUAACUAUGAGAACCAUUAUGAUGAUUCGAGCUUAAGUUUUACCAGUGUAAACGGUGAUGAUGGCGGCAUGUAUGAACUUCACAUAGAUGGACAAAGGGAUGAAUACAAACAUUCCUUUAUUGAACUGAUUGUGAGAGAAUGUGCAGCUGGCCGCUGGGGUGCACCUGAAUGUACAGGUAUUUGUAAUAAUUGUUAUAAUGGUGGCGUAUGCGAUGACAAGUCAGGUAACUGUAUUUGUGCACCAGGGUUUAAAGGAGAAAGCUGUGAAGAUACUUGUGGUGGUAAUCGAUUCGGACUUUACUGUGAAAUUAGAUGUACAAAAAGAAUUCAAGAUCCUAAAGACUUUUGCAAAGGCCACCAUUAUUGCUUGUCUAAUCCUUAUGGAUGUACUUGUAUAACAGGUUUUACUGGCCUUGAUUGUUUAACAGACACUGUCGUUGUAGAAUUAUGUGCACUUGAAGUUACUAUAAGCACACAGCUAUACAUAGGCAAUUCAGCACAGGCGCGGUCGGUUAACCGCACCAUCCAUGCGAAGGCUCCAUGCGAUGGUUCUAAGAAACUAAAGACCAUGAGUUCGUAUCGCGUCAUCUUGUCAUUUAAUAUUUCCUUCCAACAUCAGGUUGUGACUCGGGCAAGUUUGGUGCUGGUUGUAGUCAGGAUUGCCAUUGUACGUCAGGAACUUGUAACCAGUAUACUGGAGAGUGUACGUCAGGUACUUGUGCAACUGGAUGGUCUGGAAGUAACUGUCAAGUUCCAAGCACUUGUCCUGUUGGCUAUUUUAACACAUCUUGUACAUCAAUUUGCCAUUGCCGUGAUAAUGUUGAAUGUGAUAGGAAUACUGGUGUAUGUAGUAAUGGACUGUGUGCAAAAGGUUACCAUACAUAUGAUAAAUUAUUUUGUGAAGCCUGCCAAUCUGAGAGCUAUGGUUACUACUGUGCUUCUACUUGCAAUUGUAAUUCUACCUCAUGUCACUAUGUAACUGGAUGUAAUGGCGGUUGCCACGAUAAUUGGUUGUUAAACUCCUGCACUACAGGAAUCUCUGCUUCUUCUAACACAAAAGUUAAUCCAGGUCAGAUUUCUACAUUCCAAUGUGACAUUCAAGGUAA